GGACAGUAUUGAAGGAUGCACAUAAACAGGAAGCACAUUUACUUGUCUUCAAAAUAGUUGAAUCAUGAUGAACAAAGCCAAAACGAUUCGCACUACUGUUUUACACCUCGCUUAUUAACCAAAUUGCACAGCGACAUUUUCAACAACAUUGACAUGGUACCCACAGAUUUUCAAGCAUUGGUCCAUCGAUUUUAUGCCGUUCAAGCUGAAAGGGUUGAAGCGUACAGGCUUUUUGACGAAGGCCAUGAAGCAUACUUGAGGACAGGGCCCCACUAUGACUUUGACCACUACAGGCAGCUGGUACAUGAGAUAACGCAGGCGUUCUGUGGCCUCUCAAAGGAGGUGCUAGAGAUAAAGGAGCGGCUGCACCAAGACUUUGACCGUCCAGAUCUCUCCGAACACAUUGACAAGCUGCAGAAAAAAGAAAAGCAGAAGCUUGAACUGACGGCUAAGCUGCAGCUGGCAAAGCAGAAGGCUCAGGAUCACCCAGAAGACGAGGGCUGUCAGGAGAAGAUCCAGGAGGUCAAGCAGGACAUCAUAAAGAAUAAGGAGGCCCUGAGUGACAUCCUGCAGGACUUUAAAUACGACUCCGAGGAGUCUGUGUGAUGGGGACUCCCAGGAGGUUGCCGCCCAGACAGGGAUUGAUGGACUCCUCUGCUGCAACUUCCCCCUUCUUAUUCAUUUGCCUAAGUUAUUGAUCCUUCCUUGGCUCCACCUGACUGCGGCAGUGUCUGCCCAGGGUCAUUCCGUACCCUGCUUAUCUCUGCAUGUGCACCUGUUUGAUAAUAUGCUCUUUUAAUAAAAAAACAUUCCAAGGCAAAUGUUAUUCCUUUA